AUGGUCAAGGGAGCUAAAGAACUAUUUGGCUACAAUCUGGGGGAUAACCAGGCCCGGGGCACUGGUGGUGCGCAACUGAAGAGGCUGAAGGUCCCUUUCCAUCUUUCGCCACUGAAAACGCCGGGCAACGCCAUAGAUUCGCAAUGGUUUUACUCGUAG